AUGCUUGGCCGGAAGAGAGAAGACCAGAAGGAUGGUGCCGGCAGCAAGAAGCGGAAGAAGUGGCAGGAGGAGUCAGAUGAGGAUGAGGAGUCGGAGGCGGCGGAGGUAACCAUGGAGGAGAUGGAGGAGUGGAAGGCCAAGAUGGAGGAGGAAGAGCAGCAGGAAGAGCGUGAGCGCCAAAAGCGUGAACGGGAGGCUCGGGAAGAGGCCGAGCGCAAGGAACGGGAGAGGCUGCGGCGCCUCCAGGAGGAGGAACGUGAGCGGCGUGAGCUCGAGGAACAGAUGGAGGAGGAGGAGCGGCAGCGCCAAGCUGCACGGCGAGAGGCCGCGGAGCGAGCGGCGGAGGAGGUGAAGAGGCUGUGGGACAAGCCACCGGUCGAGGCGGUUGCUGGCCCGACGGUGGUCCCCGCCCUCAUACCAUCGGCGGCCUUGCCGCCCGUGCCGGCCCCUGCCCCCAUUGUCCCCAUGGCUACAGCACCAAAGACGCUGUCCGCCCUCAUGCAGGCCCAGGCUGCUGGAGCCAACAUCGCUGCCUCGCUUCUGGCUGCGCAGCCGGCUGGCAUCGUGGUACCUGGGAUGCCUCAGAUGGUGCAAGGAGGGGAGGAAGCAGCUGGCGAUGUCACUGCUCUUGUUCAAGUCCCUGCUGGCAGAGUCAAAGACUUGCUGGGCGUGCAGGGCAGGAACAUCAAAGCGCUCAAGUCUCAGACGGGCGUUGCCAAAGUUGGUGUCCUGGACCGAAAUGAUCCGGCGAAUGUAGAAAUUGUUGGCCCGCCGGCGGCGGUCGAGAAGUGCAAAGCACUGGUCAACUGCAUCGUCGAGGGAGACCUCGCGGCAAUUGGCAACGUCACCGAGAUCUUGGACAUUGAGCCCAGGCAAAUUGCCAGACUCAUUGGCCCAAGAGGCCAAAAUAUCUCCAACAUGAAGGACCAGAGCGGCGCCUACCUCGCUGUGAAGGAGCCGACUCCUGGAAUGGGCAACAAGGUGGUCAUUGUCGGAUUUCCGGAGUGUGUGGCCCGUGCCCGGGAGCUGGUGGUGACUUUCCUUAGCCACGAGGCUGCCGCAGGGCCGCCAGGGCCGGCCUUCGGAAUGGGAGUUCCACACGCGCCCAUGCCCCAUGUGAGACCGAUGCAAGGGCAGGUGCCGAUGGGUGCCCCUGGCUGGGCGGGCAUGGGGCCCGGCAAAGGAGCUGCUGGCGGCAAGGCGCCGGAGCCCGGUGCCUGGGCACCAGGCAAAGGGGCCUGUGAUGCAGGUUGGCACGAUGCCUCUGCUUGGCAAGGGGAUGCACAGCAGUGGGGUGUGGCCAAAGGUGCUGACUGGGGACCUCAGCCGUGCCACGGCGGGAAAGGACACGGUGAUGAGAGUUGGCCUCAAGAAAGCUGGGACUAUGGCAACAGCGCUGCUAGUGGUGCUGUUUUCCAUCAGGGUCCUCAUCAGGCCGUGGAUUAUGCCGACUAUGGCAGAGUUCACCAAGGCCACCAAGGCCACCAGGAGUAUGGCAGCGCAGGGAACGGCAGUGACGUGUCACAUGGCAAGGGAAAGCGCGGGUCAGUGGAUGCCUGGAGCCACGCGGCAGCGAGCCAGGAGCAGUGGCACGGAUAUGGCAGUGACCAGCAAGGAGGUUGGGGCCAGUGGCCUCCACAGGGUGAGUGGGACGAAAGGCCCGAUUCGCUUACCAACAGCCUCGUGUGUUUGGAGUGGCACUCCAUUGCAGGUGGGGCGCUGGCUCGAAUGGCUCAGGCCUCUUAUGGUGCGGAUGCGGACUACCGCCCCAUGGCCAGCAGGAGUGAUGAGGCGGCGAUGCACGCCUGCUUGGACAAUGCAACGGCUGACAACUUGGGUGUGUGCGAGCUAGCACUCCAGAAGAGGGACUGCGUUGUGAGCAAUCAGUGCUGCCACUUGGCCCUGCCCAAUACAGGAAACAAGAGAUUCUGGCUAGAUCGAGUCUCCGACUGGGUCGACUCCGAGCUGUACAGAAACGGCACGUGCGAUUUCAGUCACCUAAUGACGUGUCAGGAGGAGCCGAUACCUUCAUGUUCAUGGUACUCGGCGGUCAUGUGCCCCUAUUAA